AUGACGGUAUCGUCCAUGCUGCGCACCAGCAGCCGACCAGCCAGCUCAUGGGCUAGAGCGCUGGUCUCUGCCAACACCACCACCCAUAUCAAAUCACAACCAAUAUCGGUGCCACAGCUGCACAGUCAACAAAGGCGAUGGCACGCUGCCACCCCUGUCGACCAUCCAGCUGCGAACCACACGUCAAAGCCACCACCGCCACCACCAAUAGCAAAGCAGAGCCCUGUCCCACCGAAACCAAACGCCAAAGCAUCAGCAUCACUCCCCUUGGAGAUUCCACGCAAUGAAGUCGGCGUUCAACUGCUUCCGCGAAGGUUGCAUGAACAGCUCUUCCCUUCAACCAUGGAUCCAGUGCCGCCCAUCGCCCCAAAGGCACUCAACAUCUGUCGCGACCAUCUGAGGCAGCAUGGUCUCAAGGCGUCAGAUGCCUCCACCUUGCCACAGACUGCUUUCGAUCUGCCGCCACUCCAAGGAAAGGACCUUGCUGAGCACUUUUGGACAAUCGGUAGAGAGGUCGCACAACCUUGGCUCAGCAUGGCCACACGACUCUCGCUCAUCAAGCCCACCAACCCGCCCGAAGAGCUCGAGGAGACAAGCUCAGCCAAACCGGCUGCCGAGGACUUCCGCUUCGAAGCUGCAGAGUGGCUCGAACUCGAUCCGGCGCUCCGCACCUCCGGCCAUCUCAAACCCGUCACCUGGUCAAUCGAGCCUGGCUGGACAAAGUACCCCAUCCUGCGCUCCAAAGACAAUUCGGCCGUCGCGCUUGGACCGGGCGUCAGUGUCCCUCAUCCGGAUCCAGAAGAUGACAUGCUCGUCUUUGAUGUCGAAACCAUGGUGCAGGAAGGCCCGUUCCCGGUUAUGGCUACCGCCGCCAGCCCUAACGCUUGGUACAGUUGGCUGUCUCCCUGGCUCGUCGGUCGCGGCGACGGACAUGAACGCAGCGACCAUCUCAUCCCCAUGGGACCUAGCAGCAAAGACGAUCCGCCGCGCCUUGUUGUCGGCCACAACGUCUCGUACGACCGCGCAAGGACGCUUGAGGAAUACACGCUCGAGCUCGGAUCCACCCGAUGGCUCGACACCAUGUCGCUCCACGUUGCGACUCGAGGCAUCUCGUCGCCACAACGCCCCGCGUGGAUGAAGCACAACAAGGCAAAAGCCGAGAAACGCGCCAAAAAGCUGCUCGAGCAGGCCGCGCUCAAGGAAGAGACUCGCCGGGCCAUCGAAAAUGCUCUCUCGGGUCUCGAGUAUGACUCGGACCAGCUUGAAGGUCUCAAGCUCGAGGCUCUCGCCAUGGACGCCGAACAAGUCUCUUCCAGCACUUCCGCCACGGACUCGACCGCGGUCGACACCAGCGGCACCACUCCUUCUCCCUCGACGCUCGACAUGCCUUUCAGUGAUGACGAGAGCGGCGGUCUCGCCUCUCGUGUCUCCCAGCCCAGCUCCUCAGAAUCACAGUGGCUCGAAGAGACGUCCAAGAAUUCGCUCGCCGACGUGGCGCGCUUACACCGUAUCCCCAUGAAGGUCGCCAAAUCGGCGCGCAACGUCUUCGUCGAUAGCGCAUCGCGCCAAGAGAUCCUUCAAGACGUCCAGCAUCUUCUCAGCUACUGUGCCUCCGACGUCGCCGUCACACACGAGAUCUUCCGCCGCACAUGGCCCGACUUCGUCGCCCGCUGCCCGCAUCCGGCAACCAUGGCAGGUGUGUUCGGCCUCGGCUCCACCUUCCUCCCCGUCGAUGACGAGUGGAUCGACUACCAGCAAAGGUGCGACGAGCAGUUCAAUCGCAUCAAUGACCAGGUGCAGAAGUGUCUCGUCGAGCUCGCCGAAAAGCUCCGCGACGAGGGCACCCGCGACGUGCCAUGGAGCCUCGCCGCCAAGAUCGCCGAGGAAAGACAGAUGAUGACGGACCCAGAGCGAUUCGAGCCGGUCUUUCCCGAUCCGAACCGCGCGCGAGCUUGGUGGGAGGACGAUGCAUGGUACUCGCAGCUCGAUUGGACGCCCAAGAAACCGAAAAAGGCCAAGGUGGCCGACGGCAGUGAUGCGGAUGCCCCGCGCUCCGACUUUUCUGUGCCGACCUGGUUCCGUGACAGCGUCCUUCGCAACAAGACCAAGGAUGGCUUCGGGCCGAAGAGCGUGACUGCUCAGCAGCUGUUGCGCUUGCGCAUCGACGGCAAACCUGUCUUGCGCAGCGAGUCGCGCGGAUGGAUGCUCGAAGACGGAACGCCGCUAGUGGGAAGCAAUCUUUUUGCCGCGACCGCCCUGAAGAAGUACGGAGAACAGAUGUCGAGCGGCGCAGGCCCUGCCGGCGAGGCGGUUCUCUCUGCGAUCCUGUCGCGCGAUACUUCCCUUACCGAUGAAACUGCAGGCCAGUUGCGAGCGCUUGCCGAUUCCAUUAAGGACCUUUCCGACGCAGAAGUUCAAGCAGACGCCCAACUUGCUCAGCUCGACUGGUCGCUCAAGGACAUUCGCCUCGAAGAGGUACGGGAACUGCAACGCAACAAGGAAAGUUCCUCGGAAUCGGAUGGAGAAGUUGACGGAGCCUUGGCUUCUAUCGCAGAGCCCGCAUGGUGGCCAAAGUGGUAUUGGGACCUGUACAAAAGCGCCACGGGCGAGCUGCAGGUCACCAUCCGUUCCUCCAUCGCCCCCGUUCUGCUCAAGAUCUCGUGGCGAGGGUGCCCGCUCUACCGCAGCCGCGAACACGGUUGGGUCUUCCGGCACGACGCUACCGACCAGGAGCUCGUGACACGACAGACGCCCCUUGCCUUUGGAAUGUCAGCCGACGGUCUGAUGCAGCAUCUCGCUGCUCCCGUGGAAGUCAAGGGUUCCAAGAGCAAAAAGGGCAAGCCGAAGGGCAAGGGCGCAUCCAAGGCUAGCGGCACGCCUGCUCUGGUGGUCGAGGCGUAUGGCAACUCGACCUUCUACAAGGUCCCGCACAGCGAGGGAGAGGAAGCCAAUGUCGGCAGUCCAUUCGCCAAGUCUUUCAUCGCAUACUUUGAGGACGGCACGCUGCAGAGCCAGCAUCCGGACGAGGUGGGGCGUGCCGCAGCCAAAACCGCGUUGGAUCUCAACGCGCAGUGCAGCUACUGGAUUGCGGUGCGCGAUCGUGUGCACAAGCAGAUGGUCGUGUGGGACGGCCAAGCAGGUACCGCCAUGAAGUACCCCGAAGGCGCUUCCGGUGCGCGCCAAGACAAGGCGGGCGAAGCAGCGCGUCGAAAGGGUCUCAUCCUGCCGCAGGUGGUCAGCAUGGGCACGGUCACGCGACGUGCCAUCGAGAACACCUGGCUGACGGCGAGCAAUGCCAAGAAGAACCGAGUCGGUUCGGAGCUCAAGGCCAUGGUCAAGGCGCCUCCAGGCUACAGCCUCGUGGGCGCAGAUGUAGAUUCGGAGGAGCUCUGGAUCUGCAGUGUCAUGGGUGAUGCCCAGUUUGGCAUCCACGGUGCAACCGCGGUUGGUUGGAUGACGCUCGAAGGCACCAAGGCGCUCGGCACCGAUCUGCACUCUAAGACCGCCUCGAUCCUUGGUACCAGCCGCAACCAGGCGAAAGUGUUCAAUUACUCGCGCAUCUACGGCGCGGGCAUCAAGCACGCCACCCACCUGCUGCUCAAGGCAAACCCGAGCGUGACGAACGAGGAUGCCACGCAGAAGGCCAAGGAGCUCUACAUGGCCACCAAGGGUCAGAACACGCAUUCGGAUGAGCUCUUCGGCGCAAAGUUCUGGUUCGGCGGCACCGAGAGUUUCGUCUUCAACAAGCUCGAAAGCAUCGCGCUGUCGGACAAUCCCAAGACUCCCGCGCUCGACUGUGGCGUCACCACGGCCCUCACCAAAAAGUUUUUGGGCAAGGUCGAUUUCGGCAACGGCCGCAUGUCGGAGGAGUACAUGCCGAGCCGGAUCAACUGGGUCGUGCAGAGCAGCGGCGUCGACUAUCUGCACCUGCUCAUCACUGCCAUGGAGUGGCUGACCAAGCGCUACAGCAUCGACGCCAGAUUCAUGCUCUCGGUGCAUGACGAGGUGCGAUACCUGGUCAAGGACGAGGACAAAUACCGCGCCGCUUUGGCGUUGCAGAUCGCCAAUAUCUGGACCCGCGCCAUGUUCGCCUUCAAGCUGCAGAUGGACGACCUCCCGCUGGGGUGUGCGUUCUUCGCUCAGGUGGACAUCGACAAGGUGUUGCGAAAGGAGGCGGAUGACCCGUGCGUGACGCCUUCGCACCCCGAUGCCAUCCCAGUCGGCGUCGCUCUCGACAUCGAGAAGAUCUUGGAGGAAACCAAGGGUUCCCUUCUACUGGACGGGAUGACCAGCUUGCGCGAUGACUCGGAGAGGCCGAAUACUCCAGCCACGCAUGCGGAAUCUUCGCCGUCGUACGUGCCGUCGACACAAGUGCAUCGCUCGCUCGGGGAGCGCGGUCUGUACUUCUUACAGGCACAGGCCUCCAAGGAGUUGGCUGAGAUCCGCGCGCUCGAAGCGCGCGCAAAGAUGACGGAGCAGUCGCCGGAACGCUCCGCCACGCCGGUUCGUAUUCCUCGCACGCGUGCAACCGCAUCCGAAAAGAGUCGAUCGGCUACCGCUUUGUCUCCCGCAGCCUCGAGGCGAUCGAGAAGCACGUCGGCCGUGUUCGACCGAGACGAUUGGAUCCAGACCUGUGCGGAAGACGCAGCAGCCGAAGCGAAGAAACCCGCUCGUAGACGGACAGGUUCAGGUAGCCAGGCUUCUAGCGUUCGCUCAACGGGCGGCGCAAGACCAGCUGCGGCUGGCGCCAAGGGCAGCCUUUCGACCCACACGGUGCCGACCAAGCCGGGCUUCUGCACCUUUGCGCCUGCACGUCGCGAAGCAGCCAGCAGCGAAGCUCAGGGAGUCGACGCCGAGCCAGAGUUCGAUUCGCUCUCUCUGAGUAUGUUUCUGCCGAAGCGUCGCGUGAAGAAGCGAACGCCGUUCUUCAGAGAGGCGUCGCAUCGACAAAGCGUGCUGUGGCAGCUGUAUCGUCCUCUGUUGCAGCGAUGUCCGCCGACGCAUCCCGAGCUGCGGCGGGAGAUCAAGCGGGUGAUGCGCAAGAACAGGGCGAUGACGUCCGAGGUGAAGACGGCGGAUCAGAUGCGUCGAGCGCACGAACUGCUCUCAGUGCUCACGCUUGCGCAAAACGGCGAUGCGACGGCGAAGUCGACACUCGCGGCGCGGGAAGAGAAGCUGGCGCAGCGGAGACACGAGCAGUCGUGGAACGAAUACUGGGAGGCCAAGCUGCACGCCAAGAAGUUUCCGAAGCGCAUCGCGCACCACUCGGGAGCGUUGCUGCCGCCGACGAUCUUCAAUCCGCCGCUGCCGCGAUACAAGCCGGUGCAGCCUACGGCGGUGAGCGUGAUGAUCUACCGGCGGCGCGUUGCGCGCCUGCGGCGGUCGGAACGGCGCAUGGAGGUCAACGAGCUGCUUGCGGCAGCGCACAUGGAGCGGAGAGUGCUGAAGCUCGCGUGGCAAGGGAAAAGGGCAGCGCAAGCGUCGGAAGCGUACGAUGGCUCGGGCUUCGAGGAUGCCUUGAACACACAGGCGGCCAUGAUUUUCGAGGGGUUCGAGCGCGAUGCUGCGCGGGCGGCCAUGAAGUUUGACCGCAAGACGCUGGUGAUGGCGAAGCGAGCCAGGCUUGCCAAGAAAAGGGUGCACCUCGCUCGGCGUCAUGCUGCCGCUGUCAAGAAGCGACUCGGCAAGAAGGCAGCGUCGCGGAAAGCGAAAGCGGAAGAGCAAGCCAAGAAGUGGCGCUUCCUACUGUAG